UCUAAUCGUCUAUACCAGCAAUUGGGACCAAUGUUAUGAACAAGGUCGCACUACGCUAUCAUGGAUAUUGAUUCGGGGACCCUCUCCACAGUCACUCAAGUCCUCAGUAAAGAGAGGAAAGGCGACAUCGUGGUAGAUCUAGAGAAAUCGCAGCACGUCGCAGAUACGCCCACGCAGUUGCAACCUUCUAAUUCUGGCGACGACCAAGAUGCCAGGCACGGCGCGUUGCCUUUUUCGGUGGCUCGAUCCGUCUUGUUUGUUCUUGCACUUACCGGCGCAGCUUUUCUUAAUACCUUAGGCGUCCAAGCGGCUGUCAUCAUCCUUCCAAGUAUCGGUCGGGCACUUAGCGUGCCUUCAAGCCGACAGCAGUGGAUCGUCUCCGCGUACUCGUUAACUUUUGGCUGCUUUCUUCUACUUUUCGGGCGUAUCGCAGACGUUUACGGAAAGCGACUUGUCUUUCUGGCUGGAUCUACAUGGUUCACUGCUAGUACGCUCAUUUGUCCUUUUAUGCCAAACGAAAUUGCUUUCGACGUUUUCCGCGGAUUUCAAGGCCUGGCCUCGGCCGCAACAAUGUCUUCAGCACUUGGUAUUCUCGGUGCUACUUUCAAGCCUGGCAAAUACAAGAACUACGCAUUCGCGGUGUAUGGUGCUGGGGCUCCUCUAGGAAGCGUUUUCGGCAACAUCAUCGCUGGAUUGAUUGGACAAUGGGCGAGCUGGAAAUGGACAUUCUGGGUGAUAGCGAUUCUCGCUGCACUGGUCACAACUGCUGGCUGGUUUCUGAUUCCGCCAGCGCCUCCUAAGCCCGUGGAGAACAGAGCUUCCGUUGAUUGGAUUGGUGGAGCAACCAUUACUAUUGCUUUGCUUAUGCUCCUCUUCGCAUUGACAGAAGGCAACAUUGUUGGAUGGAGUACUCCGUGGGUGCCAGCUCUAAUAAUCAUAUCAAUUCUCAUGGUUGGUAUUUUUGUUGCUUGGCAAUGGUAUCAGGAAAAUAUGACGAGUAGACAUCCCUUGAUGAAGGUGUCCGUCUUCAAGAGCUUGCGGUUCUCCGGAGCAAUGUUGAUCAUGAUGCUGUUCUUCGCCUCGUUUUCAAAUUACUUAGUUUUCACUACAUUUUUCUUCCAGGAUUACCAGGGUUUAUCUGUCAUUGACACUAUGCUUCGGUUUAUACCUACCGGUGUCGUUGGAAUCUUGACUGCAAUGACAACGGGGUUUCUGCUGUCGCGUGUUCGUGGAAUGUACCUCCUAUUUUGGGGCACGCUCUGCGUAGCAACAUGUUCGCUCUUGUUUGCAGUGCCGAUCCCGCCGCAUACAACAUACUGGGCCUGGAACUUCAUCGCGAUGAUACUGGCAGUCUCCGGCGCUGAUACUCUAUAUCCCACACUUACAUUGUUUACCGCACAGAGUGUUCCGCCUGCAGAUCAAGCACUGGGUGGUGCUCUGAUAAACGCCGUUGGUCAGAUUGGACGAGCCAUUGGGUUGGCGAUAUCCACGGCUGUCCAAACAGCUGUGACAGCAAAGAGAGAAGGAGUCGAUGUAAAAGAGGUCGGCAAUAGUUUGCAUCUUUCGAUGAAAAAUAACGAUGCGUAUCUGGCAGGCUUGAGAGCUGCAAACUACGCUGAUUUUGCGUACGCAGUCGCAGCAUUUUGCGUGGUUGGUGUAGCUUUUAGAGGCGCCGGAAGAGUAGGGGCCAAAAAGUAA